CGUACUACCGGAAUGCGCCUUCGAUUUCGGGUUCCAGCCGCACCACCCGCGUAAACGAUGCCAUUGCAAUUGCAUGGCGCCGCCGCCUUCACCUCCCCUUCCGGCGUGGGCGGCAGCCAACGCUCUCUUCCGCCGCCACCGCCGACUCCUUCCCCUCCUCCUCCCCUCCGCUUCCCUCCGCGCCCUCCUCCCCGUCCUGUCCCACUGCCUCGUCUCCGGCCUCGCCCGCAACCCCUUCGUCGCCUCCCGCCUCCUCCUCUCAUCCUCCGGCCUCUCCCUCCCCUUCGCCCUCCUCCUCCUCUCCAGCCUCCCCGCCUCCUCCCUCUUGCCGUUCUCCUUCAACUCGCUUAUCCGCGCCUCCCCGCCCCGCCUCUCGCUCCGCCUGUUCGACCAAAUGCGCCGCCGAGGCGUUCCCCCGGACCCCUACACCCUCCCGUUCUUGAUCCACGCCUGUUCCGGUAGUGAUCGUCUGCUGUGCCAGUCGCUGCACGGGCAAGCCUUACGUCUUGGCUACGGCUCCCAACUCUUCACGCAGACGGCGCUGGCGAGCAUGUACUUUGCGUGCGGGUCAGUGAUUGCCGCUCGCAGGGUGUUCGACGAAAUGCCGGCGAGGGAUGUGGUUGCAUGGACGGGCAUGAUGUCCGGUUACGUGGACUCUGGAAUGUACUAUAAAGCUGUUGAGGUGUUUCAGGAGAUGAGAGGUGCUGAGGAUCUUGUGUGGCCCAAUGUGGCAACCAUGGUGUCAGUUGCUUCUGCGUGUGCUGGCCUGGGCUCCAUGGAGUAUGCUAAGGGGCUGCAUGCGUAUAUGGAGAAGGUGGGCUGGGAGCGCGAGUUGAUUGUCAGGAAUGCAUUGAUUCAUAUGUACGGGAAGUGUGGCGGCAUUGAGUCGGCUCGUGGUUUGUUUGGUUUGAUGUGUGAGAAGGACCUAAAUUCAUGGACGGCAAUGAUUGCAGGGUUGGCUUCGCAUGGGCAUGGCAAAGAAGCAGUUGCUUUGUUCUUCAGCAUGCGGGAAGAGGGAGUACUGCCGGAUUCGACUACCUUCAUUGUAGUUUUGUCUGCUUGUAGCCAUGCUGGAUUGGUGGAUGAGGGGAUCAAUAUCUUCAAUUCCAUGGAGACUGAAUACAAUGUGUCACCGGACAUCAAGCACUAUGGCUGCAUGGUGGACCUUUUCAGCAGGGCAGGACUUAUUUCUCGUGCUUAUGAGUUCAUUAACAUUAUGCCUUUGGAGCCAAACUUGGCAAUUCUUGGAUCAUUGCUGAGUGCAUGCAGUAUCGAUAAUGAAUUAAAGAUUGGGGAGCUCGUGCUCAACAAGAUUGAGUCUGUCUGCUCCAACAAAGGAGGUGCUGGUGUGCUCCUAUCCAACAUCUAUGCUAACCAGAACCUGUGGCAUGAAGUGGAUGCCAUUAGAAGGAAGAUAAGAAGUGACGCAAUCGCCAGAAAGCCACCUGGUCAAAGUUUGAUCGCCACAGAUGUCACAAGUUUGUGACAAGGAAUUGGGCACAUCCACUCUCAGUGGAACCACUCUUGUAUUGGACAGGUUAGGAAACUUGUAACCUAAUCUAUCCUUCAAAAGAAAGUCUGAUCUGGGCUUGGAUGUCUGUUCCCACCUGUUACUUGUUUCAAGAUGUCAAUAUGUUCAUAGUUGAACUAUAGAAAAUGAAACUGAAGUGGCACAAUUAAUGGCAUUCCUCUUCUGCAAGCUACAUGCUGAGCAUGUUGAUUCCUUAGUCCAGAUAUUGAUCCAUAUAUGACAUGCUUGGGCUGGUUUAUAAGAAAGCUCUGAAAAAUCUGGUUCCCUGUAGAGGCUCAUCAUCUUCAAGCCCCAUUGUCGGCACUAUUUUGAUUGAUUGACAAAAUAGCUGUUUUUUUAAGAUCUGGUGAGAGAAUACCAUCAUUAGCUUUUGUGGUAACAGUAUAUCUUCCUGGCUUUGUACACUUAAGCGCAUAUGAGUUAUCACACACUUUUCACAUCGUUGGAAACUUGAUAUCACAGUAGUAUUGACUUUCGAGUAGAAAAAACAUUGAGCAUAUGAUGCUUGGAAAAUCACGUGAAUAUCAACUAAACUUGUCUAGUUGUCUGUUUGCUUUAUCAGACAGGAGAUGGGUUCUUUAGGAAACAGCCUUUUCCAGAAGAGCUUUCAUUAGCAUCAAUGGCAACACUACCAAUCCAAUCUACGAUUUGCGCCACGCCUUCCCUGCCAUUGGAGCAUCAGAGUAAGGUCCUAUUUGGGGGAGCUUCUACCAGCUUUAGCUGCUCACAGAAGCUCGAAAAGCGAAAAGCUCCGCAAACAGUCCAACUUCUCCAACAAGCGGUGACCUGGAGAAGCUUGUUUUGUACUGGGAGCGAAAAGCUACGAGUGAGCAGCUUCCCGAGCUUAUGCGGGCACAAGUUAUUAACCUUGUCACCGAGUUCGCAGUUAUUUACCCACCACUACCAUCACUCUUAUACCGGAACUCUUCAAUUUCUCCAUCCCAUUCCCCCAUUCGAGACUCCAGGCCGCACACGCUCGCGCGAGGCGAUUGGUCUGCGGCUAGGGUUUCGCGUCCAGCCCCCACCG